AUGUGGCUGAGGAACGUUGAAAUGCAAAUUUUCGAGGCGGUUGAAGAUUCGGAGUUAAUGGCCCACGCGCAAGACGACACUGAGCUCUUUCAGAUGCAACAAGAACCAAAGGAAUCGGUGGCCAUGGGGCCGAGAACGAGACCUCCAAAGUUGUGGUUAUAUCUCGCUUCGGACUUGCAUCAAGAUUGUCAAGAAUUUUCCAUGGCGAUUUGGGCGGCCUUGGAUGAUUGUGUGCGACGAGCAGCGGGCGAAGCGUCGAACGGUCCUCGAAUUCGCACGGCCGUGGUGGAACAGUGCGGUCUGCUGGACCCAAGCGACGCAGUUGAAGUGGCAGCGCGUGGGUUGCUCUCGCGGGCCUUAGAAGGGCACGAUGAGGCUUACGCGGCGGAAUUGGUGGGAGUCUGUGUUGCAUAUGCCCGAUACGAGGCAAGCCAUAAUAUUCGUGAUGGAACAGCGCCGCGGGUGGUUCUGUGCGUGCCCUUCAAGCUACUAGAAGACGCGUUGGAUGCCUCGAGUGUGUCGGGCUGUGGGUUCUGGUGGGCCCAAGUUCUCCUAUUCCUUGCAGCAGCUUGGCCUAUCUCUGAGAAAUCGGCCGCGGAGAGCGAAGGCAUGUUGGCAGACGACUACGCAACGCUUAUUGCAGCGCGGUUGUCUCGCAGUCUCGCACGCUCAUCAACCAAUAGCUCAGGACUAGGUAUGGAGGAGCGUAGAGCCUUAUUAGCAAGCGUGGAUGCGUGUUGCGCCGCACUCGAGAACACAGCACCAUCUGAAGACAGUGUCACUCGAGCACGCGACUCUUGGCUCGCUGAGCGACUUGGGCGCGUGAAUGAAGAUGUCUAUGGAACGUUUACGGGGCGCCUGCAUGGUAUUAUGACCAUGGGCGCAAAAUACCUCACAAAUUCACGGCUACUCCGGAUCCAGCUUCGAGAUCCCGUCCUGCGGAUGCAGCUUGUUACGCAGCUAUACUUGGUUUUUUACUAUCUCCUACGUGAAAGUAUUAUUGGCGAUCAGCCUUCAUUAGGGACCAAAAGUACAAGCAAGCCAGACUGGGCAUCCUCCGCCAUGUCCCGUGUCAACCAUGUCCUUGCGCGUGUCCGCAAGCUCGUAGUUUCCACCCCACCAAAUGGCCCAGAGCGCCUCGAGUCAUUGGACGAACUAAUCAAGCGGGAGGCGAAUUGGUCGACUUGGAAGAAGAACGGAUGCGCUCUCCAAAGUCCAAUCUCUCGUUUGCAAAAUUUCGUAUUUAUAUAUCUAUAUCUAUGUCUAUGUCUAUGUCUAUAUCUAUAUCUAUAUCUAUAUCGCGCAGCUUCGCCUGGAGCCGCUAAUUUUAUUUUUCAUUCUCGACAGGAAGACUAUCGCACCGAUACUCCAAAGAUGACAAAACGAUCAGGCGAGCGAUAUACUCCACCAACAUAUGCAGUACUUGUUAAACGCGCAAAGCUCAAGGCCGAUGCAGAUAGCAUCAAAAAUGAAGGCACAAUCGAGAAUUGUUGCGUGAAACUGGCAGAUGCUGUGCCAUCUAUCGAGGAAUUUCUUAGAGCGUACGAAGUCGCCCAAGACCCAGAGAACAGCAUUGAAGAUGAGUACCACCCCAAAAAUGACAAGGUCUACUGCUGGAGAGCACUAAGGCUUGUUGUCACACAUCAUCUCGCCUGGUUUGCAGAGAUGCAGAAAGCCGAUCUUGACGCAUCUAGCUAUGCGUUUCACAUGAGUGUUGUACUACACUCAUGCAGAACGAGAGAUUUUAGUGGCUGUGAAGAAGCUACAGGCAAAGCGCGUCAAGACCAUUACACCAAAAAUGCAAACGGACCUGAGUCCAUCAGAGAGUCGAUGACUUGGCACACAGAUCUAGCGGCAGAUAAUCUUCGCGCAAGUGAUACACCAGCGUUAGUGUGA